AUGCGAUGCAAGGUGGUGUUCUGUGACGACCACUGUCGGCGCAAAGGCAUCAAGUACGUCCCUGGGCAGCCAAUUCCCUGUCCAAGGUGCAGCCACCCCCUGGACCAGGCGUUCUGCCUCAGCAUAUCAAGUAAGUCCGCCCGCAUGCAUGGAAAACCCCGGUGGCGGAUUCUGACCAACCCCGUUUGGCGUGUUGCGGUUGGGUUUCUUUCGGGAAGCGGAUCCCCACCAGCCUUAUGCGGUGUGAAUCCGUUUUAAAAAAGGUCUGAUUUGGGACCCAGUUCUGAGAUGUGCAUUCUACAAAAUCAAAAUAGUAAGGACGAUCAACUGACACCUCCGUUGAGGGUCAUCCACUGGAAGGAGGGGUACACUUGCGCCAAGGGCGGCUUACCCUCGAACAAGUCGGCAAAAUUUAGUCUAAUUUAGGAAAUAACCUUGUUUGCCACUAAGGCGGGGUUCUAAAGUCGAUAACGGCAGUAAACUGACUGCAACGCAUCGAAAAUGGUCUCCAGAGGUUGAUCUAUACUAGACACCAACGCGGUAUUGAAUGUCAGAAACAAAAGGAUAGUAUCAGCUAGUUCCGUAUCCAUCAGCCUACUGCCGGUGAAUAGUCAAUCUGUCUUCGAAGAAGCUAUACGGUUAUGUCAGUAAGGCAGACUAUGAGAAAUAGGGAGCUCGCAGCCAAAAACUGUUUGCUGCCGGAGGACCAAACCAUGGUCCCAUCACAAAAUUUCUGCCUCGAGUUAUCCCCCAAGAUUUGCCUUCGCUGAUUAGUCGUUGUUAUACCCCUCCCAACCCGAAAGUUAGGCCUACUUCAGCCUGAACGAUUGCUCCGCUAAAAUCUGUAAACGUGGGUGUUUAGGGGUAGAACCACUCCUGUGAAGUCCUAAUUCGGUUUUUAGCCUGCACUCGAAGGUUUUCAGAAAGUCGAAAAUCCAGUGAAGAUGAACUACCAUGUAUAUCUGCCGAAUUACUUAGUCCCCAACAGUCGCACCUUUCUCGCUUUCCUCUUGUAGCCCGCAACUAUGCCUUUGGUAGACAGCGAAUCAACGACGGCGGCGACGAUGACGAUUAUGAUGAAUAUGACGAGGGUGAGCUCGGUGCCGGCUACUACGGUUUCACGUCCAACUGGGACAAUGGAGCUGACAGUGACUCGGAAUCGGGCAGCGAAACCGAAGAGGACAGUGAAGCCGAUGAGGGUGGCGAACAAAAUGGCACAGAGGAAGAGGACAGUGAGGCGGAGCUCAGCGCUCCUACCUCCAAACUGCAGAUUUAG